GCGGGGUCAUGAGGACAUGGACGCACCUGUAUCAAAGCGUCCACGCAACAGUAAACGAUCUGUCAGCCCAUCUGUACCUGAGACAGAAGAAGCCGACAUCGAGAAGGGUGUGGACCAGCCAGGAAGUGAGACUAGCUCUGUGACGGUGCCCGAAUCAUGGCUCAACUUGGCUCCUGAGCCUGACAUCACAGUAUGUUGCUCACCUUGUAUGCUCUUCUCCAUGAUAUCCUUUCUGACAGAUCUUACAGACACCCAUAAUGUAUGCUCGUAUUAGAACAUGGAGGAGUGAAGUACGACGAGCGAAAGAGAGAGAUGUAGGUGCAGGCCCGAGUGAGAGCAAUGAUGCAAGCACAACGAGAGUUUG